AUGACCGACAUCACUGGCUACAUCUAUUGCGACAACUAUUUCGAAUUCUAUUUCAAUGGCCAGCUGAUUGCGAAAGACCCGCUGGAUUUCACCCCGCACAACGCCGUCAAGGUCAGUUUCCAAUACAAUGAGACCGAGACCGCUACGAAAACGUAUGCGAUUCUUUGCCAAGACUACGCCAGCUCCAGCGGUUACGAGUACACUCAAACGGAUCGUCCGCAGCUUGGCGACGGCGCUUUGCUGGCAGAGUUCUCCGAUGGGACUAGGACCACAAGUGCUUGGAAGUCUUACGUGGUCACUUUCGGGCCAACGGAUGCAUCGAUUGCCAGCGGCUGCUCAGCAACCAAUCUUGCUGCAUGCGCAGUGCAGGACAACGGCGUGCCUGACAACUGGUAUGCUGUGGACUUCGACGACUCUGCUUGGGCAUCUGCCACAGAGUACACAGCAUCGCAGGCAGGAUGGGGAAAAACGCCCAGCUACUCAAAUGGGCAGUGUGGAACGAUCACGUCGCCCCUCACGAAAGCGACUGCGAGCCCGAGCUCCAUUGCCACCACAGCAGACGAGUGCUUGAACCCGAAGUCAGUUCUUU